CAUGAAUCGCUCGUUUUCAAUAUACACUCGUAAGCUCGCGCCGCUGUACCGACGAGCCAACGCCGCCUGAGACUUCAGUACUGGCUGGGCCACGCUUGCGAAUAUAUAUACACACACACUUACUUACGAUACAACACAACGCACGGUUUAUAUCGGCAGAGAGAGUCCAUGUCCUGUGGGCUUUUUACACACAAUUCGACAGCUUGACCGAACGCAAUUUUAUUCAUUCUUAUCUUCGAGGCUACGCUGAUCGAGUACAUGAUUAGAAAUCAGUCAAAAAUUUUAGUUCGUGGGCACGUAUAAUAGACAACGGAGCGAUCGAAGAUUCGUGCUAGACCAAUAACGGAGAGAGCCACGAAUUAACGGAGAACACUCGACGAAAUUUGCUCCGACCUGCAAUCGGUUCGUCGCAAGUACGUACCGCAACGCAGCAGUGAAAAGUAACGUACACACAAGCCUAGCGCCGCUACUUUGGUCGCAGAUUAAAUCGCGACCAUCAUACGCAAAUCAGGUAGCCAAAUCGAGCGAGACACUCACGGAGAUUCGGAGCAACAGAAGCGACAACAAAAGUUCUCGUCGCUCGUGCAGUGGGUGCGUGUGCAGUGGGAUAAUUAUCGUUUCUGAGCUGGCUGUAAUCGUCGCUGCAACUCUGGAGAAAUCACGCGUGUCACUCAGCACGUUACAGUGCGAGCGAGCGAUCUUGUGCUAUUUGGUGAACCAGAAUUUGAGAUACCGAGGCAGCAGGAGGUUCAGCCGAAGAAGAUCGCAUCUACAUCUGCGAAUAGCGUGAGGAUCGAGGCGCGCGACAUCGAGCAGCAGUAGACGCACACAAGACAAGACAGCAAAAGACUCCUGAUAGACGGUUCAGUCCGUUCCGCGAGCUGACUACACCACCACCCCCGUAAUCGAUGGGUUGAGAAACGCGAGUCUGGUUUUUUUUUCUUUUUUUUUUUUUCUAUUUUCUCUACUACGUCGUACUCGCUCGCACGCAAUCACGCGCGCGCGAGCAACGAUCGUGUACGGAGAAAAAUUAAUUAACCAUUGAGAAGUGCGCGCCCGAUUGGGGUCGUGUUGAGGGGCUUGUAAGCGAGCACACUUGGCCUGUAUACAGCAACACCACGACGCGCUGCCGAAGAUUCGUGUAUGCGUGCUAAUCAUCGUCCAAUGAGCCAUGUUGAAGGUAGUGGGCGCCUCGUGGCUGCAGACUCGCAUCUCCACCUGCAUACUGCUGGCCGUCGUGAUUUUCGGCAUAGGCAUCAUCGUAUUUGCCGGCUACGGACGCUCCGUGCAAGAUGGCAUGUACUCGGCGACGGUCAGGUGGAAGGAGCGAAACGGCUACAGAAUUGAGUUCUGGGGACAGGGCAACGUCUUGACCAACUUGCCGAUGGGCGUCGCGCGAGCUUACUACCAGACCAGCCUACUCCACUCGGGUUGGUCGCUCGUGGAGAUCGAGACGUCGGGCGAGUAUCCGGACCACGUGCAGGCCUACGCGGCGGGACUGCUCGAGGGCAGCCUGACCUGGCAGCUGAUCCAUCAUCAUUGGCUCAACACCGUUAAAGCGGCCUGCGCGCCUCGGGCCACCCUCUGCCGGAAGAUGCGUCGCUACCUCAAGGAGAACAUGCAAAGCUCGCGAGACAACGCCGAGAAGCUGCACACCGAGGAUUCGUUCUGGCAUAUGGUACAUCUGUUCAACAAACAACUGGACGGCAUGAUAGACGGCUUCCGGUUCGCCGUGCACCGCAAUCGCAAGCCCGAGGUGAUGAUCGACAAGGAGGACUUUUACUGGCUGGCCAUGGCCUCGGAUCUGCCGGAUCUCGAGCGGGCCAACAACGGCACGCAGAACCACAUCGCCUCGGACGGCAUGAUCGUGCUGAAGGCCAUGGCGAGGGAGCACUUCGAGCCGCUCAUGGCCCUGGCGCACAACACCGCGGCGCCCUACUCCAAGAUGCUGCGCAUGAUCAAGAAGUACAAGUUCGCCUAUCAUCGCACGGUGAGCGAGGGCAGCAGCGCCGAGGACGACGCGGACGGCGGCGGCGACAACUUCGUCAACGGCGAGGAGCUCGUGGCCGGCCAGUCGAUCGUCAUGACGUCCUAUCCGGGCGCCCUGUCCUCCCAGGACGAGAGCUACUGGAUCACGGGCCCGGACAAUCGGGAGCUCGUGCUGGCGGGCACCCCCCUGGUCGUGACGCAGCGCAGCCUCUGGAGCCGUCUGCAGGCCAAGGACCGGGUCAUGUCGCCGGCGCGCAUCAUGGCGGCCAAUCGGCUGGCCGAGGACCUGGCCCACUGGUCGCAGCUGCUCGGGCGCCGGAACAGCGGCACCUCGAGCCGUCAGUGGCUCGGGGUCGAGCCCAAGAUCGGCAGCGUCGGCCUCGUCGAGCAGAUGUCCAACAUCACCGAGUACCAGGACCUCACGGACGAGUUCAAGCGGACGGGCUUCGUGGCGUGCACCGGCGCCCCGAGGAGCGCCAAGUUCCUCGAGUUUCGCUCGAUGGACAAGUGCGUGAUCAAGGCCGAGAAGCUCGCCUCGCUCCAGGCCAACAUCAGCAGCGUGGAUCGGCUCAGGCGUCUCAUGAGCGGACACGUCGACUUGGACGGUGACGACGACGACGAGGACGAGGACGAGAACAACGACGAUAGCGAGAGCGACGAGAACAGCCAAGAGAACGAGGUCGGCCCGAAGAGCACGACGACGAGCAGCGAGACGCCGCUCAGCAUCGUGUCCCUAGCCAUCAACGGCAACGGCAACAACUUGGUCCUGGACAGCAACGUGGACGCGACGGCCGGCGACGAGGACACGGCCCAGCUGCUGGCCUAUCGCGGCGACCUGACACCGAUUCCGCGGCCCCUCGGGGUCAUCGACACCAAGCUCUUCGUCUUCGAUCUCGACGGCGUCGACUCGUUCGAGGCGCGCUCGGGACCGCCCCGUCACCUCGACUCGCCGGCCUUCGCCUGGAACGUCAGCUUCCCCAACACCUCGCAUUACGGACAGCCCGAGGAGUUCCCCUUCGAGCCGAUCAAGCCCCAAUGGUAUUGGCAAUGACUACACGAUUCGCCUCUCCACGACCUCGAUUUAUGGGCGCGCUCGCAAAUCCGAAUAAAUUAUCACCGCCGCGACCAGUCAUUGUCAUUCAACUUUUUGUUUUCUCGAAAUCUUUUUGGAAGCCGCAAGAGUUUGUGUAUUUUACGUUAAUGCCCACGAAACAAAUGUGUUCUCCGGAUAAUAAACGAACGUCAAUUAAUUAAUAAGUGAUUGAAUGAGUGCUGAAUGAGUGUUGUUUGUAGAAAUUUUGCUCGUCGAGAUAUUUUAAUGAAAGAGAGAAAAUCUACGUGACAUUUAUACAAUAAUUGUUUUUGUUUGUUUUAAAUGCAAUAUAUCUGUGAUAUAUAUCUUAAUGACGUUCGAGUAAAUUAUAGAGAAAUUUUUUCAUGCUUCUAUCGGCAUCACCCGCGUCUCGUUAAAAAUGAUGGGGAAACCUGAGCGUGAAAUUUCAAUCGGUAUACGAAAUUACUAAUGCGAAUGAAUGUAUGUAAGUGUGUGUGUGUGUAUUUGUACGUCUUGAACAAAAAUUAGUCGAAAACGAUAUUAUAAUUAAUUAUGUGUACCAACGAUCGACUCUUGUCGCUUUCAAAAUGAAAUUUUUAAUUCGCGCGUGGCCCAAACUGAACAAAAAAGCAGCUGUGAAAUCGAAAUUGUAUUGUAUAUUUAUUAAAAAUUGAGCUAGAACAAAAUUAACGGGAAUUGGUAAUAUUGAAAAUUACGCAUCAAGGAGACAAUCUCGUAUUCUCGGAUCUGACGUGCUCCAUUAUAAACAGCCACGAGUACGCUUUAUUAUAUUAUAACUUUAUAAUAUAAUAAUAUAUUAUAACUUUAUUAGGUUUUUUAGAAAAUUUUAUCGGAUUUUUAAUUCUAAUGACCUUUCGUCUGGAUUUUUUUAUCGAAAAAAAAGAAAACAAUAUAUCAAUUAAAUGUGUUCAUCUAAUUUUUACGAAUGAUCGAUGUAAAUUUUAUAAAGAAAAACUUUUUACAUUGUCAUACGCAAUGUAUUGUAAAACGAAUACUAGAAUUAAGUCGAACGAAAUAAGAGAAAAAAUGUGUAGUAUUGUAUUGUAUACCGUACCGGCUGCUUCACAUGGCUCAUUGUAUUAGUGUCUCAAUGGUUAAUUUUUUUUUAAUAACAAAAUAAAAAUUUUAGAAAAAUGGAAAA